AUGGACUUACAAUCAAAAUUAUUAUUUUUGCUUCAAGAAUUUGGUUAUACCAAAGCAAUUUCAAUUGAAGAUAUUUUCAAUUAUCUAGAUGAACGACAAAAUCAACAUUUGGUACCAAAAAAUCAA